CCAUGAAGCAGGAGUCCGCUGCCCAGAGCACCCCGCCUCCCUCACUGUCCCCUGCACCGCCCGCGCAGCCUUCCUGGGAGGAUGGCGACCCCCAAGCCCUGUGGAUUUUUGGGUACGGAUCCCUAGUGUGGAAGCCGGACUUUGCCUACAGCGACAGCCGUGUGGGCUUCGUACGUGGUUAUAGCCGCCGGUUCUGGCAGGGAGACACCUUCCAUAGGGGCAGCGACAAGAUGCCUGGCCGAGUGGUGACCCUCCUGGAAGAUCGUGAGGGCUGCACUUGGGGUGUGGCAUACCAGGUACGAGGGGAGCAGGUGAACGAGGCCCUGAAGUACCUGAAUGUGAGAGAAGCAGUGCUUGGCGGCUAUGACACUAAGGAAGUCACCUUCUAUCCUCAAGAUACCCCUGACCAACCCCUCACAGCCCUGGCCUAUGUAGCCACCCCACAGAACCCUGGCUACCUGGGCCCUGCUCCAGAGGAGGCCAUUGCCACACAGAUCCUUGCCUGCCGAGGUUUCUCUGGCCACAACCUCGAGUACUUACUGCGAUUGGCAGACUUCAUGCAGCUCUGUGGGCCCCAGGCACAGGAUGAACACCUAGAAGCCAUUGUGGACGCUGUAGGAACAAUGCUGCCCUGCUCUUACCUCACCGAGCAGGCUCUGGCACUGGUUUGAGAAGCCAAGCCCCUGCAGGGAGUGUCUGCAUGGGUGCUGCUGAACAGCAACAUGUAAUACUCAAAACAGACUUGAUGGAGCUUGAGAUACUUGAGAAGGCAUAGUGGGUGACUGGGGACUUUUUGCCCCUGCUUGUUUCACUCACUGUUUGAUUGACCCUGACUUACUACUUGAAACUUUAUUUAUUGCACCAUGUUGGUGUGGUGGGCAGGGCAGGUGGGGGACCUGCCCUGGACGUGGGCCCUGCUGUGCGGUGGCUCUGCCCUAGUCUUCUGGUGCCUGACCAGAAUCCCCCCAUUGCUGCUGCUAAUCCCACACCACCCAGGCCUCCACACCUCUCGGGAGCCUCCAAGAGCCUUGAUCCUCUGUCCACCCAGACUAACUAUCCCAGCCCUGGACAUAUCACCUGCCCAUGUUCCAACCCACUGGAUGAGGGGCAGCAGAGAACGAGGAAUGGUAGCCAGCCCAUCAAGGACCAAGGUCCAGCAUCUCUCUUCAUCCCCUGGGCCCAAGGCAGUGCUGGAACCUGUGCACGGGGACACAGUUGCUGGGACUGGACCUCUUUCUGAUUUCAGUUUCAUUCCCUAUCCUGUCUGUCUGGAUCACCCUGAAGACCUGUUGGUCUGUUCCUGGGAAACAUCACUACAGGUCCUAGUCCCUUCUCAGUCUGUCCCACACUAUUAUCCAUAAAUAAUCUUUAAUUGCC